GUCCUCCCGCCGCGCGGCCAAUGGGGCGCCGCCUUCUUGCGAGGUGGGCCUGACGCCGCCGCCGCCGCUGCCGCUGAGGUAUCCGCUGCCGGCCCCGCUCGGUCUCCGCCGCCCGCGCCCUCCUCCGGACUCCCUCCCCGGGAUGAAUUAAGCGAGCCGCGUGCCGACGCCGCCGCCUCCGGCCUGGAGCUGGGGCAGCCGCCGCCCCUCCUCAGGUAGGCCGGGACGCCUCGGGGAGAGACGCGCCGCCUCAGGGCCCGACCGCGGGGCGGAACUCGGGCCGGGGGAGAAGCGGCGGCGCCGGAGGCCCCGGCCAGGAGGAGGAGGAGGCGGCGGCGGCGGCAGCCCGGCCUUUCCCUUCGUGGGAGCCGCUUCCGCGUCCCUGAGAGCAAGGCCUCUCCCGCCCCGGGAUCGGGGCCGCUCCGGCAGCCCCGCGAAUGGGCCCUCCGGGGUUGCCAGCGGAGCAGAAGGGCGCGCGAGGUUAUCGAUUACCCGCCCUUCGCCCGAAGGUCGCAGCAUCGAAGCGAAGUAUCGUAAGCAGCGCGCGCUCGCGCGCUCACGGCACACACGGCAUUAGUAUUGUUGUUGUUCUUCACUUUCUCGCCAAAGGCAACUCAGAGGAACUUGCAACCAAGUGAAAAACCCAAAUAAACAAAAUCCCACGUAAAUUAAUGCAUCUUAGAAACCCGCUAAAAUAAUACAUUAAAUGCACACCUGUUCGCGCUGACACAAAACCCCAAACCUUAAGUAAAAUAGAAACAUCGCCACCCGACCCCACACACCACUCCACCUCUCCCCGCCCUUUCUUCCUAAUGUGACACCUAAUGUCUCAACAAAUGAAACUGAUCUGUAGAAAAUGUAACUUGAAAAAAGAGACAUUGCACGUGCUUUUGUAAGCCAAGGAAUCUUUAAUAAAAAUACAUUAAAAUUAAAAUAAAAGCACACCCAUUCUAAGAAGAAUAUGCAACCUGCUUAGUGGGAGGCAUUAAUGCGGAAGAUACUGCGCAGGCCCCCCUGUCAGUACAGAGCAAGCAGUUGCCAGGAUUGCAAAGGAAACCCUCUCUACCCCUGACGGGUCGUGUACCAGCCACUUCCUCUCAGGUUAACACUGGUCUGGCAUUUCUGAGGAGGCAUCUCACUUCCCUCUCUCUUGACCUUGCCCCCUCGCAAAAGUCACCAUGAGAUAAGAAGUUAAAUUUAUUGUUUGAAAGAGUUCCAUGCCGCUUUUUCAAACAUUCACAGCAGCCGAGGCAAUGCAACAAACAUUCAGUGAGCCACAACAGUCACCAUAAAAAACUAACCAUCCUGAAAACAUAAUUUACUUGGGGAUGGAGUAAACAUAAUUUACUUGUGGCUCCUGAGGAAGCUUGUUGCUUCCAUUUGAUUCUGCCAUAAGACCAAAUUGUGCGUUUCCUGUGAACUCUGAUCUCCCAGGUCCUUGUCCAUUGCUCUUAACCAUUACAUCACAGGGCUGUACUUAGUGUUAUUGUUUUAGCUUGUUGAGUAGUUUUGGUCUGUUAACUCUCAGGAUUUGUUUGAAUAUAUUCUUUUUAUUGUUGGUUUUAAUGCUCUAUUGAUAUUUAGAUUUUUUCUGUUUACUGCUCUGGAAUCCAUAUUUGAAUAAAGGUAUGGUUUUGAUUCUUUCAAAGUAGUAAGGAGACGAGGGAGGUGAGAUGUGUGUAAUAGUGUCUUCACCACUUUUUACAGGAUUUCUUGACCCUGGACUCUUAGCAGUUGGACUUUACAGCAGCCCAAAAGUAAGAUCAAGUCAAGACUAGUCCUAAUAUUGCUGCAGGUGAGCCAGGGCAGGGGCUGUAUCUAUACUGGGUUGCUCCUGAUUGCCUCUUUGGAAUAUGUUGAUAUUUUAAAGCUGAAAAUAGCAUUUAGGUUUGCUUUUGUUUGUGUGUGAGAGAGAGACGGAAUGUGUGGGAUGUUUUGCAUUCCAAUGAAAGAUCCAAGUCACAGUUCCAAUAGGCCCUCCCUUUCUUUAAAAGGAUGGGUAUAGGAACCGUGAGUGUUUUGUUUCCCAGGCAGAUGUCUUUGGGUGAAGACAUCAUCUUCAAUCUUUACAUUUUUCAUUGCAAGGGAGCCUGAAACAGGCAGGCCUCUGUGAAGUGCAUCAGAAGAGAAAAAUGGGAACAUUUGCCAUUUGGGAUGACAACAAGCAGGCAAAGAGGAAACAAAGGACUUUAUGUGAGAGUAGCGUAAAGUGUGAUGGGGGUGGUAAGCGUCAUGGCUGCACUUGGCUCAGAAGGUGAAGCAGGACGCCAAGUCUUCUCUGGCUUUUGAAAGUGGCCUUGAAGGGCUUGAAUUGCAAGUGCUUGUUUGCUAGCAAAGUUUUCUGCGUCCACCUAAGACUGGUGGCACUUGUAUCAACAUGGCACACACUGGGGUUGAGCUGAUGCUCCCACUUCCUUUUUGGAGUAUGAGGUGCGGCAUUAAUCCUCCAGGGCUAUACUGAAGUCACCCCCUGACCUUGAGCUCUGUUGCUCACACACAGAAUGAAGGUCCACAGUGUUGCAGUGAUUGCCUCCUCCCCUUUAAUGGUGUGGAAUUGUCCACCCCAUUAAUGCUGCUUGAACCCUUUCAAGAGCCUAGAUGAGCAAGAUGCUGAAGAUGAAAGCUACCAAGGGCAUGUCGGCAUUUUAGUCUGUUGAAUGGUUGUAGCAUCUUCCAAAGAAUCCCAAGAACAGAAUACUCUUACAAUACUUGAAGGAGCUGAUAAUUCUGCAUUGGAGUCCUGAAGUGUAACAGUUUCCCAUAAUUGCUUUUAUUGUUUGUUUAUUUUUACUGGGAAAUUCUUAAACUCAGUUUAAGCUCUGUGUAUACAGUGGUACCUCGGGUUAAGUACUUAAUUCGUUCCGGAGGUCCGUUCUUAACCUGAAACUGUUCUUAACCUGAAGCACCACUUUAGCUAAUGGGGCCUCCCGCUGCCGCCACACAAUUUCUGUUCUCAUCCUGAAGAAAAGUUCUUAACCUGAAGCACUAUUUCUGGGUUAGCAGAGUCUGUAACCUGAAGCGUAUGUAACCUGAGGUACCACUGUACUCUGAAAUAAAUUAGGCAUUUCUGACCUCAGAGCUUGUCUUGACUUGACAAACUCUUUGUCAUUUUGUUGGUUUGUGUUGAGAUAACUUUUUAAAAAUUUAAUAUUAGAUGAACAAACGCUUGGAUGGAUCUGAAACUUGUAAGAACAAGGUUGAGUGGCAGGAAGUGGGAAGGUCCUUGCCUAAAGAGGAUACCUAUUCUCUAAAUGAGACCACCUUGUUCUUCCAUUGGUCUUUUUAAAAAUAUGUGUAUUUUUUCUCCAUUGCUCUGUUUGAUCAGUUACGUUUUUCCUAAUAAGGGGGAAACUAGACUCCUGCUGUCCACUGAAGGCACUAGAGGAAUGGGUUGCAGCAGGAGUUAUUUAGUGACAUUGCUAGAACAAUGGGCUGUUGCUAGGGCCGAGGUGAUAACCUAUAAGUCUCCCUCUUAGUGGGAGGGGAGAGGCUCUUGAUCUAGUCUGAGUCCCCCCACAGGCCUCUAGCUGGUACUGCUCACAACAAUGAAGCUGUUUUUCGGUACAGUGGUACCUUGGUUCCCGAAUGGCUUGGCUCCUGAACGCCGCAAACCCAGAAGUAAGUGUUCCGGUUUGCAAAUGUUUUUCAGAAGCCGAACGUCCUAUGCGGCUUCCGGUUGAGUGCAGGAAGCUCCUGCAGUCAGUCGGAAGCCAUGCCUUGGUUUUCUAACUGUUCUGGGAGUCAAACAGACUCCCAGAAUGGAUUGCGUUCGAGAACCAAGGUUCCACUGUAUUUCAUUGGAUUUAUGCUGCUUCUGUCUGAGUUCACUGAUUUGUGUUAUUCCUCUCCCAUGGAAGCCAUUAGGUUUUGACAGGGAGAUGCUAAUGUGAUAAUAGUUUUGCUGUACCUGCUGGUAUUCUAUCCUUGUGAUUAAUUGCCAUCUCCGUUUUAAAUAAUUAAAAACCUGGUUCUUAUUUCUAACUUGAACUUUGGACCUUGAAUAAUUUGUAUGCCUGUCACUGAAAAGCUAUUUUGCAUCUCUUAUCAGGUAUUUUAAUUUUUUUUUUUUAAUGCCUGGGUUGUGUGUGUUGAUAGCAAGAGAGUUUCCAAACCUCUGCCUUGGUUGCUGGUUGGAAGGACCCUAUGCUGCCGGGGAGAGAGUUUUCUAUGGGUAGAAGGAAAUAUAAAAUGCCCAUACAGUUAUACCCCAUGUUACAGAUGCUUCAGGUUAUGUGUUUUCAGUUUGUGGACCGCGGGAAACCUGGAAGUACCGGAAUGGGUUACUUCCGGGUUUCGCCACUCGCGCAUGUGCAGAAGCACCAAAUCGCGCAGACGCGGCACUUCAGGAUGCAAACGCUGCGGGUUGCAGACAUGCCUCUGUCACGGAUUAUGUCUGCAACCCAAGGUUCCAUUGUAUAUCAAAGACUUUGUUUUUGUACAUAGUUAACCUUUACAGUUCGUGGUCAUGAGAUGUAGUAGCAAGCAACAACGGAAUGAGCCUCACAGGGAGGAUGCAAACAUACCACUCUGAAUGGAAAUAGCAACAGGCGCUUUACCUGAAAUGCUAAGAGUGAGAAGCUUCUUGGGUGAGUGUUUUUCCAUGUGCUGGAGACUUGCCUUUGCCCCACUGUUUCCCCCUAGGGAAACCUGAUAUCUACUGGGUUUUCUCCAGAUUGACAUUUGCUAAAGAGCAGGUUUCAAGGAGAAAGCAGGGCAAGGGCAAAACCACUGGGACCAGUGCUUUCUAGGCAGGGGAGAAGCACAAGUCUGAAUGAGCCAUAAGAGUUUAUAACAGACAAAGGAUAAGAAAUAUUCGUCAUUUUCAAACAGCCCAUUGGAAAUUCUGAAGGAAGCUCUUCAAAAGCUUUUUAGGAAGUCAGUUUAAAGCUUGACCUCUUCCAAGACUGGAAAGCUGCAAAAUGUGAGAUUAAAGGAAUGGUUGUUUUUUUCUGGGAAGUGAAGACAGGAUGACAGUAGAAGUUGUUCUGGACAUGGGAAGAGGGCAUUCGCAAGUGCAGCACGAAUCAGCAGGACUUACUUUGGAUGGCUGAAGAGUGCAUCUGCUCAGGGAGGAGUUACCACAUAAUCCUAAUCCGUAAUUCUGAAGUACUGUGUAUGGUCCAAAAAUAUUCAGUGUUAUCAAAAUGUCUUCUCAUACUGGUGGUGAUUUUCUUCCCUUUGUGUCUGGUAGCCAUCAGAGCUGCUGUGACGAGACCCCUAAAGACUCAGCCGUCUUGCAGGAAGCAAAGUCCCCAUGGUGAUAUUUUCCAUCUGCUGUGUUAAAGCGUUUUCUUUGCAAAAUGCAAAGCACAUGGUGUUUUGACCCAGUUUUAGAGCAACACUAAUAAUAAACUGCCGUGAGCCUGCCUCCUUUGUGUUAUUAAGAGGACCUAGAAGCUACUGAAAGGAGGUUUUGGGUGGCAGCUGUCAAUCGGGAGUGCUGGAUUCUACUUCUGCAGGGGUCAUCUCUGAUGAUUCUUAAGAAAGGUGUGCAUGAGUAGGGGGUGCAGCCUUAGGGCUGCUGUGGUCCUGCUGCUAGGAGGCAAUUUGGUCAAGGAAGAGAGAGUCUGCUUGACAUUGCACUAGUUCUGUCCCCUCUGGCUUUUGGCCUCUUCUGGAAGGUAAGCUGGCAGUUUGUGCCUCUUUGCUUCCUGCUGCUUUGAGUCUGGGUAGGCUUCCUAAUUCCCAGACAAAGGUUUUAGCCAGAAUUCUUGCUGCAGCAGAGGAAGUAAUCUGACAGGUGAGAGGGAGAGGUGGGUACCAGGGCCAUCUCCUUCAGCUCAGCUGAGAAGUCAGCUGUGUUUGGCGCUUUACCUGCCAGAACUAUUUCCUUCCGUUAAAGUCUGUCAUUAUAAGAACUCUAACUUUAACAGCUGGUGACUGGGUUUUGCAUUUGCCUUUCCCUCCGCAUCUCUUUUUCCUUCUGUGUUCCGUUUUUCAGGUUGUAAGUCUUUAGGCUGGGACUGUCUUUGUUUUUAAUCUGUGCACUACAUUUUGGAAUUGUUAGGCAAUUUAUAAAUAUGGAUGAUGAUAAUAAUAAUAAAAAGUCCGAUGGCACUUUUAAAAAGGCAAAUGUUAUCAAGUUGGACUGUCCAUCCCAAGGCUAGGUCUUCCAUUCAUCAAUUCCCCUCCCCACUUACUAAUUGGAUAGGAGGAGGACUUGAGCCAGAUGUUCCUCUCAAACCACAUUACCUGUCAGUCGGAUUUACCUCUGCCAUGGAGUGUGAUCCUGUGCAUGAAAGUAGCCCCACUAAAGUCAUAUGAGAACUAUAUUUUCUGACCCUACACAUAUUUACUUGGAAGUUGGUUCUGCUGAAUUCAAUACACAAAAUUGUUGUUUGUAUUACAUUUACACUGGUAGAGGGCUUUAAAAAGGUAAAGGUAAAGGACCCCUGACAGUUAAGUCCAGUUGUAGACGACUCUGGGGUUGCGGCACUCAUCUCGCUUUCAGGCCGAGGGAGCCGGUGUUGGUCCACAGACAGUUUUUCCGGGUCAUGCGGGCAGCCGCUUCUGGUGCAACGGAACACCGAAACCAGAGCAGUGCACGGAAAUGCCUUUUACCUUCCCACCGGAGCGGUACCUAUUUAUCUACUUGCACUUUUUUGGGCGUGCUUUUGAACUGCUAGGUUGGCAGGAGCUGGGACCGAGCAACGGGAGCUCACCCUGUCACAGGGAUUCAAACUGCCGACCUUCUGAUCGGCAAGCCCAAGAGGCUCAGUAGCUUAAACCACAGCACUACCCACGUCCCCAGUAGAGGGUUUUAGAUUAAAAUAAAUAGGUAACAGAUGGUCCAGCAGUUGAGUUAAUAUCAAAGAUGUUCCUGGAACUGAAUAAAGAUUAGCAGCACUGACAUUUCCCUUCUUAUGUCUAUGUAGAGCUGGCCGUAGUAGCAUUUGCCAAGGCAGACUUUGGGCCUUUUAAAUUUCCCACAGUCAGGGUCAUUGGAUUUGGCUUGUCUGCAGCAGGUAAACAUACAGAUGGCAAAGAGAGAAUGCUUUGCUCUUCCUGUUUGCUGGUGGGAACAUCUAGGUUGGCUUUGGUGUACACAGUGCAUUACAGUGCUUAAUGCAGCAGCAAGAGACCCACCCACCCCCAAUUUAGCCCCAACAGAAGCUUUCAUUUUAUCAUGUGAAGAAUGCAUACACACAGACCUGUCCUUUGUACCUUGGUCGCUGAGGGAAAAUCUCUGCCUGUUGCUCAAGCAGACUGUUUUUUCAGUUAUCUAAUCAUGUUCUUCUUCAGGUUUGGGGAACUCCCAUCAUUCCUGGCCAUUUGCCAUUCUUUCUGGGGCUAAUGGAAGUUGUAGUUCAGCAACAUCUGGAAGGUCAAAGGUUCCCUGCACCUGCUGUAUUCAAACCAAGCAAGCUUGUUUGCUUUGCAGUUUAAUUUCCUGGAGUGCAGAGUUUGGCAAAGCAGCUCAUAGGAAGUGAAUAGGAAGCAGACAGCUCAGGACCAGUUGCAGGCCUCCUUCCGGUGGGGGGGUGGAGGCGGACAUUGCAAGGUGAGCUUAGAUCAAUAGCAUCAGGAUGUAGGAGGUGCUUGCAGAGGUAGGAUAAAUUUUCAGAUGCUUAUUGAAUAUCUUUUUAUGCUGACAGUUUGAAUAUUUUCAAGGCAAGCCAGUCAUUUUGAUGAUUAUUUUAUAUUACAGUGGACCCUCUGUAUUUCAUUCUGGGGGUCUGUAUGGACCCUGAAAAUUCCGUAAGAGGCGCUGCUUCUGCGCACGCAGCAUGAUAAAGCGCUUCUGUGCAUGUGUGCAGGGCGAAACCCAGAAGUAUACACUUCCAGGUUUGCCCCAUUCACAACCCAAAAGUUACAUUACCCAAAGGUAACAUAACCCGAGGGUCCACUGUAUUUUUAUAGGAUGUGAUCAUUUAAUUGUAGAAUUGUUGAGGUGGAAGGGACUCCAAGGGUCAACCAGUCCAACCCUCUGCUAUGCAGGAACCUCAGCUAAAGCAUCCAUGACAGUUGGUCAUCCAACCUCUGCUUAAAAACCUUUUCUUUCUUUUAUUUUCCAGGUGUGAAUGACAGAGGAGGUGCCUCCAACUGCACUUAGUGAGAUAUACCUUCGUCUUCUGUGCCAUGAUGACAUAGACACAGUCAAGCAGCUCUGCGGUGAUUGGUUCCCAAUAGAGUAUGUUGCAGCCUGGGCUCUUGCAACUGAUUUGCUUGGGGGGAGGGAAGAAGAGGAAUGGAAUCUGCCUCCUUGAAUUUCGUGAACUGGCAGGUGUAACCACAGCCAGAGCUGACACUGUCAACUCAGAGAUCCUGUUGUUAUGCUGGGGCAGUUGAUCAUAAAAUGAGAAAACUGUCAACCAGAGGCCAUCUAGACCAGGGGUAGGGAACUUCAGGCUUUGGGCCCGGAUGUUGAUCCUCCAGGCUUCACUAUCUUGCCCUCAAGGCUUUCCCCAGAAAUGACUGUUAAUAGCAGACACUUCCUCACAUCACUGCCCCCCUUUAAAUUGUAAACAAACUCUGAAUGCUAUUAACAUCCUAUUUAUAUUAAUGCGUGCUUUCUAGGGAAAGUCACUAGAAAACAAGUUAAAUACAACUUUGCAGCUACCCAGCUUGACUGGUAUUAUAUCCAUCUAUUUUUAUGUUACAGUUGUUGUUUUUUAAUGAAAUCUGGGGUCCCUUCAAACUGUACAAUUCUAUGUAUAGAAAUUGGAAAUUUUCCAUGUGAAGAAACAGCAGGGGAAAUCUUUCCACUGCACAUGUGCUGCAGCUCGUAUGAGAUCUGUUGGGUUCUUCCCUCACCUCUCUACCUUUCUUCCCAGGUACCCUGACUCAUGGUAUCGGGACAUCACCUCCAACAAGAAGUUUUUUUCCCUGGCAGCCACUUACCGAGGCUCUAUUGUGGGAAUGAUAGUAGCUGAGAUCAAGAGUCGAACAAAAGUGCACAAAGAGGUAUGAGAGAGGGCCCCGCUCCAGGAACAGGUGCACAACCCUUGCCUACCCACCAGCCAUUGAGCAGUUGAGGCUUGCAUCAUGGAGUCCAUGUUUGUCUUUAUAAUGGGACAGCAAGCUAGCUGCCUUUCAUGGCUUCAGUCGUGCGCUUGUGAAGGCAGCAUCUGCUAAAGGGUGGGUGGGGAACCUAUGGCUCUCCAAAUGUUUGACUGUCGUUUCCGUCAUCCCCAGCCAUUGGCCAUGCUUGGGGGGCUGGUUGGAGUUGCAGUCCAUUAACAUCUGGAGGGCCACAGGCUCCUCAACCGUGUGCUAGAGAUCCUGGGGCUUGAAAGGGAUUUCCAGUAGUGUUGGGUAGGGCCUUUUUCAAUUUUGACUGUUCUCUGCCCCUCUCCAUAGACUCCAGUUUCAACUCCCAUGUUCUUAUUUACCAUCUGCCAAUUUCCAUUUGGCUCCCCUCCCCUGGACACAUGUGUCGGUGUGUCUGCUCCAAAUCUUCCUUGCCUCCAUCCAACUUCCAAACAGAAAGUUGCCAAGUGAAAGAGGCUGGAUUGGCAAAGAGGCUGCUUGGCAAAAAGCACGAAGCAUGCCAGAAAAAUGGGUUCUGUAUCUUUGUGUAUUGAGUAAAUGCCUUUCUGCUGUGGUUUUUUUUCUUCCCUUUAGGAUGGUGACAUUUUAGCUUCCAGUUUCCCGGUGGAUACUCAGGUUGCUUACAUUUUAAGCUUAGGAGUGGUAAAAGAAUUUCGAAAGCAUGGCAUAGGUAAGAGUAUCUUAGCUUGCAAUCUCAUAUGCAUAGUUGCCUUGGAAGUAAGCCCUAUUGAACACAGUGGGACCUAAUUCUGAGUAGACAUACACAGGAUUGCACUUUAAAUACUUUGCACUGCUGCAGUCAGUCAAACAACACACCAAAAAAGGCCGUGUUAUUGCAUCACAAGCACAAGAGCAGAUUGCACAUCUGUGUAUACUCCUCUGCACUUGAAAAAGAAGGGAACUCACAUUUCUGGACUAGAAGAGUGCUGCUGCUUUGUGCUCUCCAUGUCUAGGGGCAAGGAAUUCCAUGUGUCCCCUCUGAGGCAGGACCCCCAGCUACUACCUGCCUCCCUGUGGCUUCUGAGAGCUUGUCAUUCUUUGCCUCCAUGCUUUCAAGCCUAUCCUCACAAACAUGGGAGCUGGAAAUGUGCCUUUCCUCUUAACUAAAAACUGAGGUGCUUGUGACGCUUUCAUACUGCAAUCGAAAAAUCCCCCCAGCCUUAGCUGAAGAUGCCAGGAAAUGUGGUGUGGAAGCCUUGUCAGGCAGAGGGGGCAGAGCCCUUGUCAUGGUCUUCACUGCAGCACAACUCCAAGCAUGUGUUUUAAAACUGCAGAAAGCCUGCCCCUUAAUGGACACAAGUGGUCAUUCAUCCUCACCCCAGAGUAUAUAUUUCAAGCUGUAAUUAACCUGACAAGCCCCUUGCCAGGCUACCCGUGUCCACUGGCCAGGGUCACACUUGGCAACAUUGCCAAUGUGUCGCUUCUGCUAAGUAGUCCAGAAAUUAAGAGAUGGAAGCGUUCCUGUUCCAGUGCUAGCGGGGAGGGGGUACAAGGUAGGGGGGAACCCUCGCUUCAGAGUAAGGGCAUGUUACUGCAGCUAAAACUCAGUCACAGCAAAGUAGCAGCGAAAACUGCGUGGGCAGUGGGUUGGCCGCGUUUGUUGCUUCUAACGCUUUCUCUCCUGUGGUAGGUUCUCUCUUACUUGAAAGCUUGAAAGAUCACAUAUCAACGACUGCCCAGGAUCACUGCAAAGCCAUCUACCUGCAUGUCCUCACCACUAACAACACUGCUAUAAACUUCUAUGAAAACAGAGACUUUAAGCAGCACCAUUACCUGCCCUACUAUUAUUCCAUAAGAGGCGUCCUCAAAGAUGGCUUCACUUACGUUCUGUACAUCAAUGGUGGGCACCCUCCAUGGACAAUCUUAUAUCCUUUGCUGGUGGUCUGGCAGGCUGUGGGAUGCUGCUCAUGAUCUGGUCUUUGGUGUUUUGAGAAGCCAUGCACCAUGUUGCAUGAGCAUAGGUCAGGGACUGGUGCUUGGCAGCCCAGGGCAGGGUGAGAGCCCCUUCAUCCUACCAAGACCCAGGCUGGCACUGCUGGGGGGGGGUCUGGCCACUGCUGCAGCCAAAUAGGACUCUCCUAAUAAAGACAUUGUACCUGAGACAAAAUGUCCAGUGCAAUGCAAGAUGCAAUAUAUUGAAAGAAGUUAAAUUACUGCAUAUUUGCUUACUUUCCUGGGCCUUACACCCCUUCCAGAAUAGACUUCAUUCUUAUAUUUUGAUAAUCUGCAAGGGAAAGAAUUCCUACCUUUGUGGAGCUGCCACCUUUCUGUGUCUAGUGCUUCCUCCUGGUGCACAAACAAGUAAUAAUUGCCAGGUGUGCUCAUGUUUGACUUUUAAGACUUUGGUUAUGGAUUGCCUCUUUAGUAGGGCCCAAGUGUCUUGGCCUUGAGAGGCACAAAGUCCAAAUUAUAAUCAUGAUGCACAUUACAUGGAAAUGUUUAUGCUGCUCCCCUGAGGCACCCUGAGCAAUCCCAGUGUCCUGGUGUGGGGACCCAGAGCACAUUAGAAUUUGCAGGUGAUGGACCCUCUUUCCAUGGGAAGCAAUAUUUCCCAAAGAACUUGUCCUGCUCUAACAUGCAAGUUAGAGCUUCUUCAUAUUGGUGCUCUGUGGGCCUGAGUCUGCUGUGCCACUGAGCUGACACCUGCAGCGCUGUCCAGCCACUUCCCUCUUCGUAAAAUGGAAUGCUGAGACUCCUCCCAGAGGGAGCAGCAGCGAUGGCACUUGCUGCUGCUGCUGCUUCUUUGGCUUGGCCAAUUCAGCUGUCUCAGUCUUCAUUGUUGGGGCUCCUUAACGGCACUGCACUGACUAUCUUCAGCACAUCGGAUCGACCUUGGCCAGUCUGAGCCCCUGCACAAUUCCCCAGCGGAUCUACCGCCAAGCCCAGAGCCUCCUCUGCAGUCUCUUGCCAUGGUCGGGCAUUUCAGCAAAGAGUGGCAUUGAAUACAGCCGGACAAUGUGAUUCUAAGGUAAGUUGCAGCCUGGUCAUGCCAUUUCCCUGCCCUGUGGGUGCUCCUUGUGCUGGGAGCAAGAAGUGGAGGCCACCCUGGCACCCACUGUUGUAUGCUCUGUUUAGUAAAAUUUAAAUUUAAGGUGCAAGUGCAUUAGAACUGGGGCAGGCUCCACCUUGAAUGUGGCACGAUACUUGUUCUUUGAUGGUUCUGAACAGUGGUUCUCUUGUAGGCAGGUCCUUCUCUACGUGAUGAAACGGACAACGGUUUUGCUCGCUGAUCCAUCCCAUGAACCUGGAUGCCCCUCUGUGAACUAGCCAAGACUUGGCAGAUCUUCUCAUCUUGCUGGGCUCUCGUUUCCCAUGUUGCCCCAGGGCUUAAGGAAGAGUUUGCAGGUUGAAAGUCAUGGUUCUCCCGUAGAUGCUCCUCCUUCGCUGGAGGUGAGCGGCUGUUCAUCCUCCAGCCAGUCUUUCAGCAGCUGCCCGAGAGACACCAGGUAUGCUCCAAGCCCUCUGCUUGGGGUGAGGAUGGACCUUGCACAAAAGAGAGGAAGACUGUGUUGAUUUUUUCCCUGAUGCUGUGACUAGGAGCAGAGAAGGCCGAUGCGGUUUUUCACUCCUUUGGUGUAAAAGUUGUGGCUUCAUAAGCUGCACUUCUAUUUUUGUCGGCCGCUGGGAAGCCCAGAGCUCCAGCGCCUCCCCUCUCACACGGGCUUCCUUUGCCUGGGGGUGGUUUUAAAUGAAGCAUCUUGGAUUGGCUGUUUCAUAGUGAAAUGGGUGAGGGUGUGUAUUUCUCAACAUACACUGUGUAUAUAGAAUUCUGCCUGUGGUCUGAGCUAGAACGCAAGACCUGUGGAUGCUGUGAAGGUGUGGGAAGAUCUGACUUGAGGAAUCCACCUUGCUGUGGAAACUCAGGGGCCCUUCACUUCCUCCUUUGCUGAAUCUUCCGGUGGGAGCCUGAAGUGCUUGCCUGUCAGUUUCCCCAGUGUCCCAAGGUAUAAUUGUGGAAAUGGGUCUCCCAACGAGGUUGCAGCCAGGGUUGAGGACGUACAGAGGAAACACUUGCUUUGCUGCAAGGCAGAAGUCUCACCUUUGGUUCCUGCUGUCUGUUGAGGCACCUUCGGGGCCUUCAAUGGAUGCUUUUUGUUUGCCACGUUUUGCACACGACACCCGUUCCCCAUUUAGCUAUUAACCCCUGGCUCUGCUGCCCAAAGGUGCCUGGUGUAGCCCUCUGGUCCCUCAAGUGUGCAGUGGGGCACAACUGCACUGCCCCAUCUGGGCUUUGCGCCACAGCCCUCCACUAUGGCUGCCCUACAGGCCAGUAGGAUAAGGUGCUUGGCUCUUGUGCACAACACCUCUCCGGAGAAGGAGUGCUUUGCAGAGAGCAGCACCGACAGGGUUAUGACUUCUCUGAUUCUCAGGAGGCAUCUCCCCACUAUAUGACUGCAAUGAAGUCAAGGUGUGCUGGAUGCAGGGCAAACAGCCUGUCCCUCUGCUGUCGUCUUCUGGGAAGAGUUGCCAGCAUCCAAGUGGACCCUUGGAACAGUGCCAGCGAGCUCGUCUUCUUAACUUUGCUGCUCUGUGAGCCCAGAACUCUUCUGAGCUAGGAGGCCCCUGCAUGACCAGAUGCCUUUUCCCUCCCUUCCAGAAUGCCCAUUUGUUUACCACCCAGUUGAGAUUAUACAAAGCUUGAUGAAGCAGCAGGUCUGAAUUUCCAGUUGGAAUUAGAAAGCAAUAUAGAUCUCACCGCAUUUGCAGCAGGAAGAUGCUGAGAUAUUGCAGUGUCUUAUCAGAUGAUGAAGGGCCCACAGUCUCCCCUGCCCCAAAGGGGUCCCUUCCCCCAAUAAUGGCUUAAUCUGACUGCAUGCUCAGCUCUGUUCUGAGACUUGCACUUUUCGAUUUUAAGGAAUAAAACAACUCUUAUGUUUCCUCUUCCAUCAUGUUGCUGUUUGUCUAAUUGGAAGGAGGAUUCAGAAGCCUAGGCAGGUGCUCCCUAUCUAUGUAUGGCUUCGGGGAAAAGAGCUGCCUCUUUAAUAGGAAGGGUAGACACAGAACCCCUCCACUGUGUCUGGUCACCUGACUCACGAGGGACUGUGAUGGUCCAGUUUCCCAAACUCAACAGGCUAGCCAUAGUGGUGCUGGCUUUGGCAAGGCUUCAGUGGUACUUCCUGCCAUCUAGGGCUUGAUAAAAUGUUACCUGCCUUCCAGUAACGAUCAAGAACCCCCAUUAUGCUGCAGAGGGCAGAAAUCUUCCAGAGCUUUGGCUCUCAGAUUAAGAGGCACAUCCCUGGCAGGCUGAGCUGACACGUGGGGUGCUUCCUUGCCCCAUGGAUUGAUUGCACUGGCAAUGCUGCCCUUUGCAUAAAAGGCAGGGAGGGUGUCACGUCCUCCAAGGGCCCCCAAGCUUGGAUUUAGGAAAGUCCAUUUAAAUAACAAUCAUUUUGUGUGAUUUUCUUUUAAGUGUGUGUUGUGGUGGGUUUUUGUUUCGUUUUGAAACUUUCCUUUUGCCUGAGAAUGUCCUGAGCUGUUAUUGUUUCCAUGUGUAUUUUGGUUUUCUUUUCAUGCUUUUGUAUACUCCUUGUCUGAGCUCUUUGUGGCUCUUGUAUACCUGCCUGCCUGCUUGCCUGCCUGCCUGCUUGCCUGUUGUCUGUGCACACACUACUCCUAAACAGAUGGCUUCAGGAACAGGAAACAAAAGGCCUCAGCUGUGGGCCUGCCCCCUUUGAGAAGACGGUGGUGUUCGCCACAACCCUUAUUUAUUGAAGAGCAAAGGCCAGCCAGCCACUUUAAAUGUCUUUGAUUAAAAGAGUUUGUUUUGUUUGUGACUCUCCUGUCUUGUUUUUAGCCAUUGCACAACAGUGUGGUCUCCUGCCUUUGUUCCUCAGGGCUCUGGCCCAUGAAGCCAGACCGUUGGGGUGGAAGAGCUUUUUCAGAAGCACACACCAAAGGCAGCUGCCCCUGCCAAGACUUGUGCUACUCUGUGCUACUGCCACUUGUUCGCCCCCCCGCCCCCGGUGGCAUUUGCCUCUGUCUCCCUGUGCACAGGGCAAGGCCAGGCAACACAGCAGCAGAAAGCGGGGAAAUUAACAGCUUAGGGCGAAGAAGGAUCCACCCGUAGCCUUAGUGCUUUGCACAGCUAAGAUCACAGAUCCAGGCCCCAGCCAAGACUCUGAGCCACUGCUAGUUACAGUAAGCAGCUGUGAAGUGAAGUAGACUGACUGACUGGCGGGCUAACAAAGUCAAACAGCUUUGUAUGAAAGGGAGCCCUUUCGGAAUGAGCUUAAGUCAUUUCCUUCUGAAGCAAAUGUUAAUACUUGGGCUUUUCCGGAUGAUGCUCUGGUUUUCCAGAUGAGGGCUGGUGCAGGGGAAAGGAAUUCCAUACCUUUGAGCUAGUACAGUCUAGAAAAAGCUUUGCUGGUGGAUUCUACCCCACGUGUAAACGGGACCUGAGCAAUCCUUACUGCAAAGCUCCUUUCAUGGUAGGGCAGUGCUGUUGCUGCCCUACGACGGAUGGCUGUGUGACUAAGAAAGUGGCUUUGCCUAAGACUUAGCCCACCCGCUGAGCUUUGCGCCUAGCUUGUGCUCUUGACUCCUAUGCUGCCAUCUGUGUCCCUUUUGAGUACAUCUUUCGUAAGGGGUGGGCUAGGUUUAGAGAACUCUUAAUGCAUUUCAGAUUUUUGCUGUUUUGCCCUUUCGCUUGUAGAGAUACCUGAAAUAAAUCACAUGAGAGGUAGAAGCUUUCAGAUUAAAUGGGCAGCUUGGACUAAUCUUGGAAAUUUAUGGAAAGCCUGACUGUGCCACUUGGAGAUAGGAAGAGAGUUAGCUGUAUACCCCUGUGGGAGAGAAGCAGCAUUCUGGAGCAUCCCUGUGUUAAGCUAUGUAGGUUCAAACAAAAGGUCAGCUAUGCAGUUUUAACAGCUGGGUAGAAACACAAGCCUAGUCUUCUGUAGGUGCAACAAAAAAGUUUUUUAUUCUUCUGGUCUCCACUUUCAGCACAGCAACAAAAUUGGCUCCUCUGGUGCUCAAAGCUAUCAC